GUCUCAGCGUCUCCGUCUCAGCGUCUCCGUCUCAGCGUCUCCGUCUGCGUGUGCCUCAGGGGCCGGCCCCACCACCGGCGAGACGAUGUCGCGGGUUCUGCGUCUGGCUGGGCUCCGAUCGUCGGAGGCUCACGACUCCCUCGGCCGACUCCUCAGCCGCCUGGCCAGCCGCGGGCACACGAAGCUGGCGGCAAGAAUCUUCGCGGCCAAAGGCGUGACGCUCAAGAAGCCCUUCGUGGACGUGGUGGGGGCCCGCUACGGGGCUCGCCCCCACGGCCUGCUGGGCCCACCCAGGGAGGACGUGAAGGCGAUCAACGCGUGGGUGGAGGAGCGGACCGAGGGACGCGUGACCGGACUGCUGGACGACCUGCCCCUCGAGGCACGGCUGGUGCUCGUCAGCGCCGUCCACUACAGGGGCGAGUGGGAGGUGAAGUUCGACGCCGAGGCCACGAAACUUCAAAGCUUUCACCUGGACGAGAGCAACUCCACCCACGUGACCAUGAUGCACCAGAGGGAGUAUCCCGUGUGGGUGGGCAGACACCCCCAGCUGCCCUGCAUGGCGUUGAAGGUGCCCUUCAAAGGCAACGGGAGCCUCGUGUUGUUCCUGCCGGACGGGAGGAGCCCCUCCAACCUUAGCAGCGUCGUGGACUCGCUCACUCCGUCGCUUAUCAGCGGCCUGCUGGAAGGCGGCGGCCUCAGCAAACGGAGCAUCACUCUCGUCAUGCCCAGGAUGGACCUCGUGGUGGAUCGCGACCUGAAACGUCCGCUGGAGGCGAUGGGUCUGCAGGAGCUCUUUGAGUCACCUGACCUGAGCGAGCUCUCCACUGCCUCUCUGAGAGUCUCCGCUGUGAUCCACAAGGCCGCCAUUCGAUUGGACGAGGUCGGCGCCAUUGCUGCAGCCGCCACCGCACUCACGAUGGCCAGGUCGGGGGCGGAGCAGAUCCGAGUGGACCGCCCCUUCGUGUUCGUCAUCGUGGAUGAUGAAACCGGUGCCUUCCUGUUCCUAGGCCAGGUGCUGAACCCUCUCUCUGGGUAGUACCAUCACUGUAGUAGUACCAUCACUGUAGUAGUACCAUCACUGUAGUAGUACCAUCACUGUAGUAGUACCAUCACACUGUAGUAGUACCAUCACAGUAGUACCAUCACUGUAGUA